AUGUCCGCGCGCGUGGGCCUCCUGCUGCGUGCCCUGCAGCUGCUUUUGUGGGGCGUCCUGGAAGCCGAGCCUGGAGGCGACGAGCUUCGCAGAGAGGCACAGGCAUUCCUGGAGAAGUAUGGCUACCUCAGUGAACAGGCUCCCAAAGCUCCUACCUCAGCUCAGCUCAGCAACGCCAUCAGGGAGUUCCAGUGGGUGUCCCACCUACCUGUCAGUGGCGUGCUGGACCGAGCCACAAUACUUCAGAUGACACAGCCCCGCUGUGGAGUUAGUGAUACUGAGAGUCACGCAGCCUGGGCUGAGAGGGUCAGCGCCCUGUUUGCUGGACACCGGACCAAAAUGAGAAGGAAACGCUUUGUAAAGCAAGGCAGCAAGUGGUACAAGCAGCACCUCUCCUACCGUCUGGUGAACUGGCCUGAGCACCUGCCCGAGACGGCAGUCCGGGGUGCCGUGCGUGCUGCCUUCCAACUGUGGAGCAAUGUCUCGGCGCUGGAGUUCUGGGAGGCCCCCGCCACGGGCCCUGCUGACAUUCGCCUCACCUUCUUCCAAGGAGACCACAACGACGGGCUGGGCAACGCCUUCGAUGGCCCAGGGGGCGCCCUGGCGCACGCCUUCCUUCCGCGCCGAGGCGAAGCGCACUUCGAUCUCGAGGAACGCUGGUCGCUGAGCCGCCGCCGCGGGCGCAAUCUCUUCGUGGUGCUGGCGCACGAGAUCGGCCACACGCUCGGCCUGGCCCACUCCCCCGCGCCGCGCGCGCUCAUGGCGCCCUACUACAAGAGGCUGGGCCGCGACGCGCUGCUCAGCUGGGACGACGUGCUGGCCGUGCAGAGCCUGUACGGCAAGCCCCUGGGGGGCUCAGUGGCUGUCCAGCUCCCAGGAAAGCUGUUCACUGACUUUGAGGCCUGGGACCUUCACAGUCCCCGGGGCAGGAGUCCUGAAACCCAAAGUCCUAAAUAUUGCCACUUUUCCUUCGAUGCCAUCACUGUGGAUAGACAGCAGCGAGUGUACAUUUUCAAAGGGAGCCACUUCUGGGAGGUGGCAGCUGAUGGCAAUGUCUCAGAGCCCUGCCUAAUGCAGAAAAGGUGGGCUGGGCUGCCGCCCCACAUUGAGGCUGCUGCAGUGUCAUUGGAGGAUGGAGACUUCUACUUCUUCAAAGGAAGUCGAUGCUGGAGGUUCCGGGGCCCCAGGCCGAUGUGGGGCUCCCCGCAGCUGUGCCGGGCGGGUGGUCUGCCCCGCCACCCCGACGCUGCCCUCUUCUUCCCGCCCUUGCGCCGCCUCGUCCUCUUCAAGGGUGCCCGCUACUACGCGCUGACCCGAGGGGGGCUGCAGGUGGAACCCUACUACCCCCGCGACCUGCAGGACUGGGGCGGUGUCCCCGAGGAAGUCAAUGGGGCCCUACCGCGGCCGGACGGCUCCGUCAUCUUCUUCCGAGAUGACCGCUACUGGCGCCUCGAUCAGGCCAAACUGCUGGUGACCGCCUCGGGUCGCUGGGCCGCCGAGCUGCCCUGGAUGGGAUGCUGGCACGCCAACUCAGGGGGCGCCCUGUUCUGA